AGCGCGUGAGCCCCGUGGAACGCCGCGUUCACGUUUCCCAUCAUGAUUGUCGCCUGGACGACGCCUCGGCGAGAGGAGCGAGCCUGCCGCUGACCUCUCCAUCCCGCCUGCACACCUCCUCCUCCUCCAUCCGCCGGCGCGUCCCUCGCAUGUCAGGCAAAGGUGACUUUCAGGCAGUUUCCCCCCCACUUUUGCGCGCCAUGCAGUCGGAGAGGCGCAAAGAUGUGCGAGGUGGCCGAGCGUGAGGAGGACGCGCAAGAACGGCCAGGUAGUCGAAUCGUCAUUUAAAGGGAGCCCAAAAAUGUGCAGUUUAUUUCAUUAAGAGCCACCACCAUCACCGUCCUCAGAAGCGGCAAGGCGAGUGUGUCAUGUGUUGCAGGCUUUCAGGGAUCGCUCACAAGGAGAUCAGAAGCACCACGCGGUGCUGCUCGCUUUGCCCAACUAGUCUAGAUUAGUUCGCUUUUCGCUCCAUGCCAUAAUGGACAGGUUGCAUUCGUCCAUGCGUAAACGGCUCUACAGCUUGCCCCAUCACAUCGGACAUAAACCGUCCAUCAUGGGCGAAGGAGAAGACGCGGACAAGGACACGCGGAGAAAGAGCAUUCGGAUGAAGCCGCUGCCGUCGCCCACCUCCGGGGGAAGCUGCAGAGGCAUCGGGGAAACCAAAAGCGGCGAGUCGCUUAUCAUGGAGACCGACAUUGGGAGACCGAUGAAGACCAGCUCCAACGGAGACUGCCGGAGGUUCCGGGGCAGCCUCUCGUCUAUCACCAGCCGCCAUGUGCACGACUCGGACUCGGCGGAGGAGAGGCGCCUCAUCACCGAUGGGGACGUCACCCCGAGCGAAGAGAGCCCCCCCGGGGCGAUCGGCGAGGGCGCCACGGAGCAUGGCGCGCAAGGGGCCAGCGGAGGUGGCGCUUCCACCGACAGCGGCGACGGCGCACCUCCGAGCGAGUCCCAAGAUGACAACCAGUCCGGGUUCAUAAAGUUGGAUGGAAUUGAUCAGAUCCUGCCUGACGAUGAGCGCUUGUACCAGGCCGGCUUCAUGCACCGACAGUUCGGGGCCAUGCUCCAGCCGGGGGUCAACAAGUUCUCCCUGAGGAUGUUUGGAAGCGAGAAGGCGGUGGAGCGGGAACAGGAGCGGGUUAAAUCCGCCGGAUUUUGGAUUAUUCACCCCUACAGUGAUUUCAGGUUUUACUGGGAUUUGACCAUGCUGCUGUUGAUGGUGGGAAACCUCAUCAUCAUCCCCGUCGGGAUCACCUUCUUCAAAGACGAGCACACGCCCCCCUGGAUCGUCUUCAACGUAGUUUCCGACACCUUCUUCCUCUUGGACCUUGUGCUCAACUUCCGGACGGGCAUCGUCAAGGAGGACAACACGGAGAUCAUCCUGGACCCGCAGGAGAUCAAAACUAAAUAUCUUCGCAGCUGGUUCGUAGUGGACUUCAUCUCCUCUAUCCCGGUGGACUACAUCUUCCUCAUCGUAGAGACACGCAUUGACUCUGACUUCUACAAGACUGCGCGGGCUUUGCGGAUCGUCCGGUUUACCAAGAUCCUCAGCUUGCUUCGCCUCCUUCGCCUUUCCAGACUCAUUCGCUACAUCCACCAAUGGGAAGAGAUCUUCCACAUGACCUACGACCUGGCCAGCGCCAUGGUAAGGAUCGUCAACCUUAUCGGCAUGAUGCUGCUUCUUUGCCACUGGGACGGCUGCCUGCAGUUCCUGGUGCCCAUGCUGCAGGACUUCCCCCCUGACUGUUGGGUGUCCAAAAAUAAGAUGGUGAACGACACGUGGGGACAGCAGUAUUCCUACGCCCUGUUUAAAGCCAUGAGCCACAUGCUGUGCAUCGGCUACGGCAUGUAUCCCCCGGUGGGCAUGACCGACGUAUGGCUGACCAUCCUUAGCAUGAUCGUGGGCGCUACGUGCUACGCCAUGUUUGUGGGCCACGCCACCGCCCUCAUCCAGUCGUUGGACUCGUCGCGACGGCAGUACCAAGAGAAGUACAAGCAAGUGGAGCAAUACAUGUCCUUCCACAAGUUGCCGGCAGACAUGAGGCAGAGGAUCCACGACUACUACGAGCACCGCUACCAGGGCAAGAUGUUUGACGAGGAGAGCAUCCUGGGGGAGCUGAACGAGCCACUCCGAGAGGAAAUCAUCAACUUCAACUGUCGCAAACUGGUGGCCUCCAUGCCGCUGUUCGCCAAUGCCGACCCCAACUUUGUCACCUCCAUGCUCACCAAACUCAAAUUCGAAGUCUUCCAGCCCGGGGACUACAUCAUUAGAGAGGGCACCAUCGGCAAAAAGAUGUACUUCAUCCAGCACGGCGUGGUCAGCGUGCUGACCAAAGGCAGCAAGGAGACUAAACUGUCGGACGGCUCCUACUUUGGUGAGAUUUGUUUGCUGACUCGCGGCAGACGUACGGCCAGCGUGCGAGCUGACACAUACUGUCGUCUUUACUCGCUGUCGGUGGACAACUUCAACGAAGUCCUGGAGGAGUAUCCCAUGAUGCGACGGGCCUUUGAAACAGUUGCCCUGGACAGACUGGACAGGAUUGGCAAGAAAAACUCCAUCCUGCAGCAUAAGGUGCAGCAUGACCUCAGCUCGGGUGUUCUCAACUACCAGGAGAAUGAAAUUAUCCAACAAAUUGUGCAACACGACAGGGACAUGGCCCACUGUGCCCACCUCCUGCAGAACGCCCCUCCCCAAACACCACCGUCGCCCACACCUGUCAUCUGGGCCCCGCUAAUCCAGGCGCCUCUCCAGGCAGCGGCCGCCACCACUUCGGUUGCCAUCGCUCUCACGCACCAUCCCCACCUCCCGCCGACUCUCUUCAGGCCUCCGGUUUCCGUACUGGGGUCCCUGAAGGAUCCUCCCAGUGGGCAAAAGAAGUUUCACACUUUUGGACCAUCAUCACCAGCUCCUGAAUCUGCUGGGGAAUCUCCCUCUAGCACACCUUCGAAACGACGCACAGGCGUAGACAUGUCCUUACUGGCCUCUUUUCAGGCUCAGCAUGUAGCAUCAGGUUCAGGGACAAAUAGCUCUAGCCAACAGGGUUUGGGUAGUGGAAGCCACCGUGGACUGAAUGAGACAAAGUCAGGGUUUAAUGUAAACGGGUCCUCGGCGCUUCCUGACAGACCGUACUCGUCGUCUGGUUUGCCCUCAUCUAGUUUGGCCCAGCUGCACUCGCAACCGCAGCAUCAGCAGCCUUUUCGCUCCACCACUCCGCCUUUGUCUAAUUUCUUCCACCAAACAUCAACAGGUGGAAGCACAGGGUCUGGGAUAAGCGGAAGUGCAGUCGGAGCCUGUGGCGGUGCAGCGGAUUGGCCCCUGGGCGGAGCAGUCGGAGAGUCUUUGGAAGGGGCGAGCGGAGACGAUGGAGGAUGGGCCAGCGAGGACUUUACAGCUGCGACGGCUGAAGCGAGUUCACUGAAAAUCUUUAAGUUUGGAGCAGCUCCCAGUGGAUCAAUGGGGGGUAACUCAGGGGAAUCACUCGGAGGGGGUUACGAAGGAUCAAUGAGUGGUACUUGUGGUAGAUCAGCGACAGGGGACUCAAGCAGUGUUACCUGUGUGUCAGUAGCAGAGUCAGCCAGGAGAUCUUUGGGUGGGGUCUCGCUUGCAUCACUAGGAAGGGCUUCCGGAGAAUUACUCAUAGGGAUGAGCACUGGCAGAUCAUCAGGGAGAGCUUCUGGUGGUUCAUUGGAAGGAACUUGUUUAGAAUCAAUGGUAUCAACCACCACUGCAGGAUCAUUCGGGAGGUCUUCAGUUGGGACAGUGGGAGAGACCUGUAUAGACUUCCUGGUCUCUACAACCGUUGCAGGGUCAUUAGAAAGGACUUCCCGUGGGUCAAUAGGUGGGACUUCUGAAAAACUACUCGUAGACGUGACCAAUAGCGGAUCGCUUGGGCGCCCCUCUGUUGCAACCAAGGUUUCUGGAGGAUCAGCUAAAGGAGUAGCCGUGGGUUCCCUUACCGGUCUUUCGAGUGACUGUCUGAUAUCAAAUCCCGGAGGAGGAUCUCUGGGAAGGGCUUCCAGCGGAGCAGCAGCUAGCUUCAUAGGGGUAGGGUCAAGUGGGCCAGGAGGAGGGGGUAUUGCGACACUUAAGAACAGGACAACAGAGGGCACAGUCGGAGGCCAUGCAGCGAGUGGCCCUUCAGGGGGGGCCUCUGGUGGCGCCACAGGACUUAAUACUUCUUCACGUUGUCAGAGCCCAAUAUCUACUGUUUCUUCCAGCCCCAUGCCAGGACAGCUUCUCUACAGUCAGCCACCCCCCAAGCAUCCUCAAGUGACCCCCUUGCAACAAUUUGCUGGAGGAGGCAGGACUACAAGUAGCUUGAACCUCCUCCACUCUCCUCCACAUAGCUCCCCAUCUUCAAGCAAAGGACAGAAUGGCCAACAGCCUACUGAGGGUUCACCAUCAUCGCUUGGGCAAUUUAGCCUGGCAGGUCUCCAAUCUGGAUUUCUUCCACACCAGUUGUCUUUGGAGAGGUCUGCCUUGGCUUCCCUGGCCCAGUACGGUUCAGCUAACGCCUCACCAUGCCUUACUCCGGUAGCACCCAGCCCGACUAUUCAAAGUCCUGUGACAAGCAGGACUUUCCACUUCAAUGACCCACCCAGUGCCACAGGAUCCCACAGUUCUCUGCUCAUGCCUCAGUCUUCUCUUCCUUCGCAUCCUUCGGUCCAGACACACACCGCAGGAAGAGAUCUGCAGCCCGGUCGUUUUUCCGAGGAUCUAAAGCUGCUAUCAAGCUCGCACCCAUCUCUUCCCCAGGAGGUAGCCCAAGCCUUUGGCCACCAAACUGCUUGCUCAUCUGUGGAAACAGGUUAUUACCACUCACCCUUCUCCUCACCCACUUUAAAAUCCAAACCGUGUAGCUCAGUUCCCGGUCAUAUGACUCCUCCGGUCCAGCUUUCUCCGGGCCGCCCCCAUCAGACUCACUCCCCCGGAGCCUCGCCGUCCUCGUCACUCCGGAGGGGCUCCUCUGCCUGCUCAUCGGAUCUAGAAACUCCAACUGUCCGCUCAAAGCUUUCUUCCAAUUUGUGAGGAUUGAUCACACCCUCCUGUGCUCCUCCAGACUGAAAUGCACACAAACUUUUUCACAUUGUGAAUUAGUGUCAUUUUCAUUUAUCAGAUGUCACUGUGUUCCGCCUUUUAUUUGACCUUCAAUUUGCUGUGAUUUAAGAGACACUUUACCAGGUAACACUGUUUUACGCUUUGUCCAAUUCUUAUUUAUACGUCAUGUAUAUAGAUAGAGGUAUAUUUAAGUGAUACAUUAAUCAAGGAGGGUGUGAAAGUGAUCUCUAUUUAAAGGACCGUCAUUUCUUUACGGGAGAGGGCAGUUCAAUAGACAAAUACACAUUUUGUCUGCAGGCACCUAUGCACUAAUACCUGCAUCCAAGGCUUUUUGUGUGUCUCAACAAAAGCAAAUCUACAUUUUUUGCUAAGAUGACACAUCAUCUGGGAUCUCAUAUUGUUGAUUCUCAAAUGUAUAGACUGUGCUUAUUUAUCACGUGUAUGUGUGUAUACCUUUUGAAACCUUAUGACAAAAAGAUUUUCGGAAACCAAAAAAGACUUCCAGUAAGGUAUAUCCACCCUUCGCCCGCUUAUUUUAUAUCACUUAUUGUAAUAAUAAUAAUGAUGAUGCUUUUGAAAGCAGGGCGAAGAGGGACACAAGUGAGCUAGCCUCCAUUACAAUGUGGAGAUUACGGUAGCAUGCGUGUCCCAACAAACUCACUUUGUCUUCCAAAACCAUACCGCUGAACAUGUGUCCGACACCCGUGUUGUUUCGUUCUUCCUGAAUGUGUGCGACUGUUUGUGAGUGCGCAACUCAGCGGAACGGUCAGAUGCAAGGCAACUUCAUUUUAUUUUUUCUCCACGUUAAAAACUAGAACUUUCAUUAAGCACAUGUAUGUGUUUAGUCUCAGUCAUCCUGAUAAUUGACCCUCCAAAUUUGAAUUGAAGGCAACCUUAACUCCUUUGAAAAUCUGCUUUUGAUUUAAUUUUAAUGGCUAAACUGCAAUUAGCAUGCCGUGUGUUGUAGCACUCGGACCAUUUCAUAAAAUACAAUUCAAAUUUUCAUCACUGAUCAACGUAAAUAUUAAUAUGCGUUUUUUUUCUUUCUUUGACGGCUGCUAUCUGGUCAACGUGGGCGUGUCUAAGAUGUUAAAUGUAUGUACAAAAAAUAAUUACUGUAGCACUAAACAAGACUGUUGUGUCACUUAAAAAUGGCAAUCGGGUUCAAUAUAUUGGACGUGUUUUUA